UAAAUGGUUUAACCCGGCGGUUGUCUGCGUUUCCUGUGACUGUCAAAAUACCGAUUGUGUUGCAGCCCUGGCCAACUCACAGCUGUUGCGUGCCAUGCUGCAAUUUGUUUAAUGUUUACAAGAAACCCGAGUUUCUCGCGAUUUGUGAAGCAAAGUGCAAUUACGCGUUAAAUAUCAAUACAGAAAAACGCACAGGAGAUACGCUCAACACGCAGGCGGAAAUGGUAAACGAAAACCGUGAGCCCAAGCUGGCUGGCUACGAUUUCUAUCACCGAGUGUUGGGCUCACCACGCUAUGUGGUUGCACCAAUGGUGGAUCAGAGUGAAUUGGCAUGGCGUAUGCUCUGCCGGCGUUACGGGGCACAGCUCUGCUAUUCACCCAUGUAUCAUGCGAAUCUGUUUGCCACCGAUCUGAAGUAUCGCAAGGAUGCUCUGCAAACCUGUCCCGAGGAUCGACCAUUGAUUAUACAAUUCUGCGGUAACGAUCCACAGCAAAUAUUGGAGGCUGCUUUAGCUGCACAAGAUCAUUGCGAUGCCGUGGACAUCAAUCUGGGUUGUCCACAGGCAAUUGCCAAGCGUGGACACUACGGCUCCUUUCUGCAGGACGAAUGGGAGCUGCUCACAGACAUUGUGCGAACGCUGCAUGAGAAACUCUCUGUACCGGUGACUUGUAAAAUACGACGAUUCGAGGAUCGGGAGAAGACAAUUCAAUAUGCCAAAAUGCUGGAGGCUGCCGGCUGUCAGUUGCUGACCAUCCACGGACGGACUCGUGAGCAGAAAGGACCUCUGACAGGCAUUGCGGACUGGAGCUACAUUAAGGAUGUGCGAGAGCAUAUUAAGAUUCCCAUGUUUGCCAAUGGCAAUAUCUUGGGCUUGGAUGAUGUGCAUCGCUGUCUGGACGAGACGGGCGUGGAUGGAGUAAUGAGCGCUGAGGGCAAUCUGCAUAAUCCUGCAAUAUUUAAGGGCAUAGCACCACCUGUCUGGCAAAUGGCCAAGGAGUACUUAGAAUUUGUUGACCAAUAUCCCUGUCCCACAUCCUAUAUACGCGGACAUCUCUUUAAGCUAUUCCAUCAUAUCAUGAAUAUACGUUCCAAUUCCCAGUUGAGGGAACAGCUGGCAACGGGCAAUCAGCUCGCUCAAUUCCAUGCCGUUGUGGCCAAGGUGCAGGAAAAAUAUGAGCCAUAUCAUACGGGUAUGACAAAAUAUGAACCGGAAGAAAUGGAAAUGAAUAUGAGCGGGGGAGGAAUAGAGGAGUUGCCCAUGCUGCAGCCUUGGUUGUGCCAGCCCUAUAUUCGCGCCUCGCCUGAAUCACAUCGCCAGAAAAUAGCUGAAAAACAACGCGAAGCCGUCGAUCCGAAUCGCAUCAAACGACAAUAUUUUGACAAUGCUGGCAAUGAAAUCUCUAGGAAGCGCAUGAAGAAGCUGAGACGUCGCCAGCGACGCCCUAUCAAAACGGAUGCACAGUGCCAGCUGCGUCACGAACGACAUCUCGAAUAUUGCGAGCAGUGCGCCAAUCCACUGGGUUCCAAGUGUGAAUUUCGUCUGUGCCGCAUUUGCUGCCGAGACAAAUGCUAUGCGGAUGAUUGUGAUUGUCCUGGACAUGGCAUACUCAUUAAAUCACGACGUGCCAAGGCUAAGCAAUUUGAAGCCCAUUGUAGGCAAGAGAAUAACAAUGACUCCGCUUCCAUUGUUCCAGCUGCGAGUCAAACAACAAUGGAAAGUGACGACCCACCAUUAGCUGAUAAUGUUUCUUGAUAUCGGAAUAGGAAUCGUAGUGAAUUUGUACCGUCUAAUGUAGGAAAUUAUGCGCGCUCUUGUUCCUAUGUAUUGCUGUGCAUAUAAAAAUACAAAAUCAUAAAAAACAAAACCAAAA